AUGGCAGCACCCGUAGACCAACGCAUCGCCGUCACUGUCGACAACCCUGACGCCGAUACUGAAUGGAACGACAUUCUCCGCAAACACGGUAUCCUUCCCGAGAAACCCCCCUCCCCGACACCUCUCAUCGAGGAAGCCAUCAUUGAAGCGCGCCGCCUCGCACACGAGAACCGUCUCGAAGGCAAGGACCUUGACGAGCUCGAUGAGCUUGAAGAUGAAGAAGACGAGGCAUUCCUGGAACAAUACCGCCAGAAACGUAUGAGAGAACUUGCCGAGCUGCAACAAAAGUCCAUCCAUGGCUCCGUCCAUCCCAUCUCGAAGCCUGAAUGGGCGCGUGAAGUGACGGAAGCGUCACAUCAAGGACCCGUUUUCGUCAACCUGACUUCUCCCCAGGGCGAUGCAAACCCGGAGUCACGUGUAUUGUCUGCGCUAUGGAAGCAGGCGGCGCGUGAGUAUGGCGAGAUCAAGUUCUGCGAAAUCCGUGCGGAUCGGGCUAUCGAGAACUACCCAGAGCGCAAUUGCCCGACCAUCUUGGUGUACAGGAAUGGCGACAUCGUCAAGCAAGUUGUCACCCUCGCAACAGUAGGCGGAGUACGCAUGACCAUGUUGGAUCUUGACAAGAUCCUCGUCGAGGUUGGCGCUGUGCAAGAGGGCGACUUACGUGUAGUUAAGCGGCGCAGGGAAGCUGAGGAUGCCGAGGAGGAGAAGAAAGCCUCAGGCGGUGGAUCAGGAGGGCUGAGGAUCGGUGGUAGCAGAGCAAGACGGGGAGCCAAGGAGGACGACGACGACGACGAUUCUGACUGGGACUGA